AUGUUGGACCAGUUACCAGUAGAAAUAGUUGAACGUAUUGUUGCAAAAAUCCCAGAUACUGAUCUUAUUGCAGCAAAUGUAAAUGACUCCUAUAAAAGAUGGAUAGACUGCCUUACCGAGAAUCAGCUUUAUAUUAUGGAGAAAAUGCUUAGGAAUGGAAUGGUUGUAGAUUCCCAAGAGAGGGAAACCAUAGAGUAUGCAUUAAGUGAAAGUAGAUGGGGAGGCGAUCCUUGGGGAUUGGACUGGAAGUGGAAUGAGUGGACUCAACAGGAAGUCAAAAUAGUUUUAAACUCAUUUACCCUUUCCCAAUUUAAUAAGUUCUGGAUGACUGAUCUGGGAGAAAUGACGAUAGCUACCUUGUGGAAUGACCGUAAACUGACAGCAUUUUUAACGUUGUGCGGUGCUAGCACUUUUAAAAUUAUACAAACAAGCAAAGGAAAGAGGAAACUUGUAGCCUUAAAUACUCCUCAAGUUUUCCUUAAUACUAAUAAGGAGUUGAAAUGGUGUCAACACUCUGUUCCUACCUUGAAGAAAAAGCACAAGCAGAAGGCUAAAAAUACUCCGAACAAAAAGUCCGAAUUCUCAGAAGAAGGCAAAGAAAUCCUCAAAGAGUAA